UUUUGAUUGUUUGAUUCUGAAAAUUUUGGAAUUUGGGUAAUGGUGAAUUUGAAGUUGGUUUUUCAACGCAAUAGGCCACUGAAAUUCUAGAUAAUUCGGACCGUGAUGAUGGUGUAAUUGGUUUCUUAUUCUAUAGUGUUUCUAAAUUCUGGAAAUUAUAGGAUUACUGCAAAUUGAGGCGAAGAAGUAGUGGACAUUUAUUGAGAUAGUUGCAGAAACCCUAGAAAUUUCAUUGGAGGUUGAGGCGUGAUUGGUUCAUAUCUUGUGUUGCUUUAAGAACCCCAUAUAUUGAUGGGAUUUGAAGUGUUUACGUUCAAUGUCUCUGUUGCCUUUUGAAACUCUAGAAAUUUCAAUGGAAGUUGACAAGUGACCAGUUCACUGUUUAGAUAGCUUUGGAAAACCCUAGAAAUUUCUAUGGAGGUUGAGGUGAGAAGUGUUGGGGGAAUGGAGAGCUGCUUUGUGGCUCUCCCUCUUGCCCUAAUCCAUUCUUUGCAGUCCACAUGUCCUGGUUUUUUACCACCUGUUCUUGCUCUCGAGCUUCAAUCAGUCACUGAUAGCAAAGAGCCAUGGCACUUAGCCUGGUCUGGCGCUGCUUCUCGCUCCCAUGCAAUUGAGGUAGCAAAACAACUGGCAGAAUGCAUUGGUAUGCCUAACCGUACAAAAGUUCAAGUAAGGGCAGCUGCAAAUUUACCGAAAGCUACAUUUGCUAUGAUAGAACCAAUCAGUGAGGAUGAUUGGGAAGUUAUGGAGCUUAAUUCGGAAUUUGCUGAGGAAACUAUCUUGAAACAGGUUGGUAUUGUCCAUGAAGGGAUGAAAUUUCCUUUGUGGUUGCAUGGCCAUACAGUUGCCACAUUUGUCGUAGUUUCAACUACUCCUAAGAAACCGGUAGUGCAACUUGUGCCAGAAACUGAAGUUGCAGUUGCCCCGAAGAGAAGAAAGAAUGUUGGAGGCGCACAACAAGGUGUUGGGUAUGUGAAAGAGCAUAUCACGACUAAGGCACUCUUACGUGUUCAAGAGCUAAACAGGAACUAUGUUCACACAUACAAACAAGAGGGUGUAAAGCUUGGUGUGGUUCUCACUUCUGUUGUUUUUUUACAUCCCGAAACUGCGAGGCACUUUAUGUUUGAUAAUGGUCAACUAGUUAGCAUAUCAUCUAGAGCAUCUGGGAAUGGCAGCCUGCAGAAUCAGAAAUGGGGCGCCUCAAGAAAGAAGGCCAAUUUGACUACUGCAGAGAAGAAUAAUGGGUGGUUGAGAAGUGGCACAAUGGUUCCUAGGCACGCAACUGUUUGCAUUUCUCUUUCAGAUUCAGUGGCAAGAGGGCAUGUCAUGCUUCAACGGUCUCUCCGUCUUUAUAUAAAAGCAGACUUGCACACAUGGGUUCAUGUAUGGAGAUGCAGCUCCCAUGUUAAAAAAGAUGCUUCUUUAAUCCUUUCUCCUUGUCAUUUUAAGCUUGAGACAGAUAAAUUGCUUGAAGAUAAUGCUAAUCUCUUUGAGUUUCGCAACUCUCUCAAGACUAACAGCAUGCACCAAAAUAUUGAUUCAAUAUUCAAUGAGGAAGUUAUGGAUUGGUCAACUCAUGAAGAGUUCAUCGAGGCACUUCCUUCCGGGUGUCAUGGACAUGGGGAGAAUGAGCAUGACUGUGAAACCUGUGCUGUAAAACAAAAAGAAAGGCUCGUCCAGAUUUGGACAAUGGGGCAACUUAAUAUAAUGGCAACACUGAAUGGUGUAGAUGAUGUGAAGUCUUUGGUUCUGGGAAGGGAAACAAUUUUGCACUUUGAGGUGGAUAUGGGUUUGACCUUUGGAAGCUGUAAAACUGGAUCUAAAGGAACGAUAAAUAUGUCUGAUAAGUCUCCUUUAGAACUGCUGUUUUUGUUAACUGUAACGUCUGACGAGUCUGAUCUUGGUGAACAGUAUGAAUCUUAUGAGCUUGCCUUCUCAACUGUAAAUUCAAGUAGUGAAAAACAUGGUGGCUUAGAGUUGCAGUUUGAGAAGCUCGAUUUUGGUGGUCCUGUUUGUUUUGAUUGUCCUAAUGAGAAGUGUUUUGGUCGAAGCUUUAGUUCAAGUGUUUCAUCUUUGAGCUGGAUGGCAGUGGCUUUGACCGAUAUUAUUAACCGGUUGACAGUGCUAUUAUCUCCAAGUUCUGGAAAGUUAUUUAGUAACCUGGAUCUUCCUCUCCCUGGCCAUGUUCUUGUGCAUGGACCUCCUGGUUCGGGGAAAACCUUAUUAGCUAUGGCUGUUGCUAAACACCUAGAAGGCAGCAAAGAUAUUCUAGCUCACAUAGUCUUCAUAAAUUGCUCAAAACUUGCUUUAGAGAAUGUUAAUACAAUACGGGAAACCCUUAAUGGCUACAUAUCUGAAGCUCUUGAUCAUCCACCAGCACUUGUCAUAUUUGAUGAUCUGGAUGCUCUUAUUUCAUCUUCUGAAUCUGAUGGCUCUCAAUCUUCUCAUUCUGUUAUGUCUCUUGCGGAAUUUCUUGGAGAUAUAAUGGAUGAGUAUCAGGAAACGAUGAAGACAUCUUGUGGUAUUGGCCCUGUUGCAUUUAUGGCUUCUCUGCAGUCACCAGGGACUUUGCCCCAGACUUUGCGCUCUUCAGGAAGAUUUGAUUUCCAUGUUCAAAUGCCAGUGUUUGCGGCCCCGGAGCGUGGUGCUUUGUUGAAACGUGAAUUGCAGAAGCGUUCUUUGCUUUGUUCCAAAGAAGUCAUAUCUGAAAUUGCCUCAAAGUGUGAUGGAUAUAAUGCAUAUGACCUGGAAAUAUUGGUUGAUAGGGCUGUCCAUGCUGCUGUUGGUCGCUUUUCAUCUACUUCUGCAGUUUUAGGGCACAGAAAGCCAGCUUUAACGAGGGAAGAUUUUUCCCAUGCAAUUAGAGAUUUCCUUCCAGUAGCCAUGCGCGGCGUCACAAAAUCUGGAUCUGAAGGUGGCCGUUCUGGGUGGGAGGAUAUUGGGGGGCUUCAUGAUAUCCGCAACUCCAUCCAGGAGAUGGUUGAGUUGCCCUCUAAGUUCCCGGACAUUUUUGCCAAUGCGCCACUGAGAUUAAGAUCUAAUGUUCUUCUGUACGGCCCCCCUGGUUGUGGUAAAACUCACAUUGUUGGAGCUGCUGCAGCUGCUUGUUCUUUACGAUUUAUCUCAGUAAAAGGACCUGAGCUGUUGAACAAGUAUAUUGGUGCAUCAGAGCAAGCUGUACGGGAUAUAUUCUCGAAAGCUGCCGCUGCAGCACCGUGCCUGCUGUUUUUUGACGAGUUCGAUUCUAUUGCACCAAAGAGGGGUCAUGACAAUACUGGCGUAACAGAUCGAGUUGUUAAUCAGCUAUUAACUGAACUUGAUGGUGUCGAGGUCCUGACUGGGGUAUUUGUAUUUGCUGCCACUAGUCGCCCUGAUCUACUUGAUGCUGCACUUUUACGACCUGGAAGACUCGACCACCUUCUCUUUUGCGACUUUCCAUCUAGGGAGGAAAGAUUGGAUAUCCUUAAGGUCCUCUCCAGAAAGCUUCCUUUGGCAAGUGAUGUCGAUCUGAGUGCCACAGCCUCAGUUACCGAUGGUUUCAGUGGUGCAGAUCUCCAGGCCCUUCUCUCUGAUGCCCAGCUUGAAUCAGUGCAUCAGUUUCUUGAUAGUGGGAGCAAUGGUCAGCCUGGAACCACCCCCGUCAUAUCUGAUUCUCUUUUGAAAUCAGUAGCUUCUCGUGUGAGACCUUCUAUAUCAGAAACCGAGAAGCAGAGACUUUAUGGCAUCUACAGUCAGUUUUUGGAUUCAAGGAAAUCUGUUGCCGCGCAGACAAGGGAUGCAAAGGGCAAACGAUCAACUUUAGCUUAAUAAGUGUACCAUGCAAGGAAUGUAUCAAUGCUGGUUGACUGUAUAAUAAGCCAAUCAGUUCUAUAUCAAUGGUUCAAUGCUUAUCUAAAAUCUCGGGACCAAAAGCUUCUCGAAACGGCAUCCACAGUGCAGAGAUUCUGAGGAUGCCCAGAUUAAAAAAUAAUGCAGUUUUUACCAUGAAGAUUUUCCCGUAGAUUGCUUCUCUUAAUUCACUUUAUUUCAUUUUCUUUUAAUGGCAAUUGUUGGAUGUAUGAAAAUUAGAAAAGUAUGCAAAGAGUAUUUCCUUU